GGGGGAGACCGGAUAUAGUGAAUGCAGGGUCCGGGGAGACCAGGUAUAGUGAAUGCAGAGUCUGGGGAGACCAGAUAUAGUGAAUGCAGGGUCUGGGGAGACCAGAUAUAGUGAAUGCAGGGUCCGGGGAGACCAGAUAUAGUGAAUGCGGGGUCCUGGGAGAUCGGAUACAGUGAAUGCGGGGUCCGGGGAGACCAGAUACAGUGAAUGCAGGGGUCCGGGGAGACCGGAUAUAGAGAAUGCAGGGUCCGGGGAGACCGGAUAUAGUGAAUGCAGGGUCCGGGGAGACCGGAUAUAGUGAAUGCAGGGUCCGGGGAGACCAGAUAUAGUGAAUGCAGGGUUGACCAGAUAUAGUGAAUGCAGGGUCCGGGG